AGAAACUAUCAAGUGUUGUGUAAUCAGGUUGUCACUAUGCUACCAUUUGUUUACAGCGGAGAUGAUGAGGAUCGUGAAAGGACAGAUACUCAACGGUCUAGAAGACGAUAUACGCGAAGUCGAUCGAGGUCAAGUUCACGAUCUCGUUCACGAACACACUCCAGGUCACGUUCUGCAUCCCGUUCACCGUCACGUUCUGAUUCGCGUAAUAGAUCACCAUCGGGAUCAAGGUCACCUCGUUCCAGUCGAAGACGAAAUCGUCAUUGGUCAAGGUCGAGUUCAUCAGAACGCGAUCGUGAUGACCGAGGCCGUAGUCGUACACCACACUAUGAUCGUGAUCGUGAACGUAGUCGCCGAAGUCGCAGUCCAUACGAUCGUCGAUCCAAUCGGGAUAGAGGCGAGUUUUCGAGUGCUAUACCCUACUUGUCAUCGCUGAGUGCGCGUAACGAAGGCUCAUCAGGACAUUCAUUCGGACAACCGCAUUACAAAAUUGUUUUGAAGGUGCUACCGUCUGACAUACAACGAGAAGGAGUGAUUGCUCAAAUAGAACGGCAAGGUUUUCGUGUGCGAGAUAUUCGAAUUAUUCGAAAAGGUCCAGAACGUUGCUUUGGAUUCGCCGAAUUUGCUGAUGUGAAUAGUGCACAGGCGUGGAUGGAGUUCAAUAAGGGAGUAUUUACGCUUGACGAUGGACAUGUGACGAAACUGGAAUAUUCGCGUUAUGAUAACUUGGAUGGACGUUCAUCAUCAGCAGCUAGUAAUGGUGAUUGGAUGUGUGCUAAGUGUACCAUCAAAAACUUCAAAAAUCGUGGUUCAUGUUUCAAAUGUAAUCUAACUCGUAUUGAAUCUGAUGCUCUUACACGUAAAGGAUAUGCUGCGAUUGGUGUCGCAAAAUGUGAUACACUUCUUCUACGAGAGAUUCCACUGCAAUGCACUGAAGCAAAAAUUCAAUUUGAAUUGAGCAAAAUCUCCUCAAUGGAAAUUUUGCGUGUACAUAUAGCUGACUCAGGUCUGUAUGCAUAUGUGCAAAUGCGAAGUGCAGAUGAUGCAGAAAGACUUUUACUUGCCUUCAAUAAAAUGCCAUUACUCAUCGAUGGAUGUGCAGUGAUGGUGACAUAUUCACGUUUACCUUUAAAUACGGUCCUCUCGAUGUCGUUAGCAAGCGAAUCAAUUCAGAAGGCAGCAAUGUAUGUGAACACAUUGCCUGCGUUCCGACCGUCUGUUGGAUUAGUAGGUCAUGUGGGUGCUGAAGCAGCUCAGUUAGCGAUUGCGAAGACAACUCUUUUACGGCAGGUGGCGAAUUCGGUGAUGGGCAGUGAUGCAGUAAGUGAUGAUCACUUUUUUGUGCUGCAUGUCAUGUAUCGAAUGAACAAUAUUGUCACCACUUCUGUUUUAAUUUCUCAUUUCUCGAUCGCAGCUCAGUCAAUGACCUCAUCAUCUCUUGUCGGUGUUGACGAUCGUUCAUUGAAUACAAACUUCGUGGUUACUGAUUACUUGAACGAUGAAUCUCGUAUCAGUGCAAAUAACAAUAGCAGUAAUUUUGUUUGUGUUGAUGAUUUGACUAAUCAGGGAGUACAACAACGACAGCAGCAACUUGCACAGGAUCGUUAUCAAGGCUCGAUGCAACAAACUGGAGUUGUAACGAAUUUACCGAGCACUAAUCUCGGUAAUGUUGAGACUCCAUGGGGAACAUUCAAAAAAUAUCCACCUCCAAAUACCAACUUGUACCAGUAUGAAGCCUCAUCAGGUCUUUACUACGAUCCAGUGAGUACGCUUUAUUACGAUAAUAAUUCGCAAUAUUAUUGGGAUGCGAGUGCACAAAAAUGGAACAGUUGGAAUGCCGUUUACCAAACUUAUAUACCGUGUGAAUUAACCGCUACGCAACAAACUUCGAGCAUAACUGCUCAAACCACUCAGAAUGUGACACAAACAACUGCUUCCGAUGCUGAUCAAACAGAAAAGCCAAUUGAAAGCAAUGAUGAUCAAAAAACGUUGACAAAAGAAAUCGAUUCAACCGAAAGCUCAAAAAAAUCAGAGCCUCAAAAAUCAGCUAAAGAUAUCGCAAAAGAAAUGGCAAAAUGGGCGAAAAAGCAGAGUAAAGUUCUGAUGGCCGUAAAAACCACAAGGGUAUUGGACAAUUCAGCGUUCAUAUCGGCAACAUCCUCCAAACCGAAAGCGUUAGCCACUACCGAAGCAACUGCCGAUUUGACAUAUAAACUGCUUGAGAAAGCGUCGAAUCCACUGGGUUCAAUGAGUGAUGAAGAGGAUGAAGUGCCUCCACCGCCGAAAGUUGCUGCAUCAGCAAUCGGUCGUUCUGCACUCAACAGUACACCAUCGUUACCGUCGUCAAGCCGACCCGCACUCGCUUCGAGCACUUCCGAAAGCAACCCCUCCACUCAGCAACAACCGCAAGUAUCGCUACAAUCCGAAGAAUGGUUCAUCGAUGCUGAAAAUAAGUCGUGCUUAUUAUGUAAACGUAAAUUUAGCAGUAUAGAAGUGUUGAUGAAACAUAUUCGCCUCUCUGAUUUGCAUAAAAAGAAUCUGGAAGAGUACAAAAAGAAUAAUUCGGCAUCAACCAAUGUUGAUGAUGGUGUUGUAUCGACUUCAACAUCAUCAUCAGAAAUAACUCAAGGCCAGAAAACGACUCUUCAGUAUCGAGAUCGUGCAAAAGAACGUCGAAAUAUGUUCGGUCUUGAUCCGAGUGGUUUCACAAACGAACCCACAGAUGCACAAGAAGCAAUGGAUUAUGCAGUCACAUCUCAAGAUGUUCCCAUUGAUGAGACUAAUAUUGGCAAUAAACUUCUCAAAUCAAUGGGAUGGACUGAAGGAAAAGGCAUCGGCAAGAAUAAUCAAGGCAUCGUAACACCAAUCACAGCUGAACGUCGCGUGGAAGGUGCAGGUCUAGGUGCUUCUGGUUCGCGUGUUCUUCACGGUGCGAAUGCCUCUCGUCGUGAACGUGCUCGAUCGGCAAUGAUCAGCAGAUAUCAAGAACUGAUAUGA